AUGGCUAAACAAGUGCUGCACCCACCAUGGAGCCAAGUGCCUUUUAAACGCCGGACAGCCGUGUGUCGGUGGUGUGAGUGGGUUGUGACUGGUGAAACUGACCAUCUGUCUGUGUGUGUGCAGCUCCCUGCAGACUUCAGCCGACUCCACCUGGCCGACGGCUUGCACCCACAGGUGACCCACGUGUCCUCCAGCCACUCAGGAUGUAGUAUCACCAGCGACUCUGGAAGCAGCAGCCUGUCAGACAUAUACCAGGUAAGCACAGGCCCCCCCCCCCCCCUCGUAACGUCCUCGUAACGUCCCUACAACAUCCUCUAAAUGCCUGUAGAGCAGUCCCCCUUCCAACCCCCCCACUCUGAAAGUAGCAACCUACCAGGUAAACAGGCCUCCCUCAAAUGUCCCAGCAAUGUCCCCCCCAACGCCCUCUAAAUGCCCAUAGAACAGAACAGCCCCCCCACCCCCCCCACACUCCACCAUCUCGUGACUGUAGUCAGGCCCCAAAGCCAAUCGCACCUAAUCCUCUUACCACACACAGGCACCCCAUUGGCUCCCGACGUCAUCACCUGCUGUGUGUGUGCAUCUGUGUGAGUGCGCUGUGCGUGUGAGCAUUAGUCGGUGUCAGUCUGUUGCCAUUUCUGUGUGUGCACGUGCACAAUCUGUGUACAGUACAUACUGCGUGUGGCGGGUUGGGGGCAGGUUAUGCCCAGGCCCUCAUCCAGUCUUAGGGCCAUCUGGUAGGUCGUCAUUAACAGGUCUGCUGUAGCGGCCCCAUUAAAGUCUACUGUUCUCCUUCGUCAGUCCGCCUCUCUCUUUAUGAUCUAUCUGUCCAUAGCUUCUCAUCACUAUCUUUUUCUCUCUAUCCCUCCCCAUUUCUAUUCAGUCUUACUCGCUCACUAAUGGAGGUGACCCAGACCCACCAUCACUUAGUCUGAGAAUGUUAGAUUUACCGUCUUCAAAGCUUAGAGAAAAUGGAUGACACGGUAGUAGUUCCUUCCUGGACAAGCAUGUUUGGGUUAAUAGCUGUCCACAUCAUCAGGGCUGGAGCAUAGAGUGAAGGAGGGUUGAUCCAGCAUAAAAACACAGGCCUAUUUAGUCAGUGUGUAACAAAAUCAUGAGACUCGAAUUAGAUUUGUCCCGCAGCUGCAGACCAGUGACUGUGUUUGUUGCUUCAAUCUCGAUGAUGGUGAUAAGACCAAUUCAAAGAGAUUUUACAUGAUCAAAGAACAAUAAUUAGACAAUAUUGUCUAUUAAUAAGACUGUAUGUCUAUGAUUAGACAACUAUUCACAUUUCUGAGUGUUCUUGACAGAUGUCUACCAGGGUAAAGCGCUUGGCGAUGCUACUCUUUCCUUUCAUCCACGAGCCGUGUCCGCUGGAGUGCCCCAUUGUCUUUCUCCCGGGCCAGAAGAAUGGAGCUGCAUCCUCACUGUCACUGCCUUGCAAACAUGGCCGACUGUUUUGCGUCUGAAUAAAUCAUGAAAUUGGUUCUUCAGAAGGACACUUGAAAGCAUUGAUCCAAGAAUAGCCCUUUUGAAAUAUUAACUACCCCCCCUUUUUCGCUCACCACACAUUUAUGGAUCAUACAUCAUACACAUGCGUACACACAUACACAGAGGGGUUCUGAGUUUCUCUGUAUAUUCGAGAUAACAUUUUACAUUUUUGAUUAGAUUUUAACGGUUCAGAAUUCCCAGUGUGUUGGUAACAUUGUGUAACUCAUUGGAAAUGUUGUCCGAAUCAAAUCCGAAGGUGUUGCAAUCUCCCUCAGGCACACACUUCUAAAUUAUGAUCAGCACACCACUAACAAGCAUUUAGUAUAUUACAAGCCUGAGGUGGGUGGCUAAUAUGGAAUUGACAUACAACAAUAUUUAAUCAAUGAAAGCUACUGUGAGGACAUAUAUCUGCUAUUUUAGGACAGUGUCCUCCUGAGGUUUGAAGCAUGCCAACAAUGUUUUAUUUUUGUGGAAUGUAGUUGUUUUCUACUGGGUUUCGGCAUCAGUAGACAUUCACAUCAAGGUGAAGCUGAAGACAGAUAGCUGUUUUCACUGCUGCUGAGAUUUCCAGAUAUUUUCAAGACAGUUUUCUAAGAUUCUCCAUCUCAGCAACUCGGUUAUUCCCUGUCGCAUGGAAAACCGACAUACCUCGAUCUUCAGAUUUUCCGCUGUUUCACUCCUCCAAAUGUCCACACUUUACCAACCCCUUCCCCAAGGGAAUAACCCCGCCCCCUUUGCGCUCUCGCCCCAUCAGGCCCCUCUGGCCCGCCCACCUCGCUGACCUCAUGACGCCUGAGUGGCUACUCAGACGGCACCCUGAAUCAUUAAUGAGACGUUUCCACCUGGUGGUUAAGGAGAAAUGACAGGACUACGUUCUGUGAAAGACGGGGACUCUUUGAAGCUCUGAAAAAUUUAAACACGACUGGCAACCCGGGCGGUAAAGAUGCGUCUCGGACUAGGCUUCUGCAGGCAGUAUAUGAAGGCAAGAUUGUUUUUAGCUCUCUCUUUGAAAAGGCAGGAAUUUAGGGACUGCAUUCAGGUAAGAAGAGUUGGUUAGCACUCGACACAUCUGGGCCAGGAUUGUUUUUAGUUUUCAUCUCCCUGUGUUUCAUGCCUGGUUUUCGUUCUCAAGGCGGAGCUCGUGUUGAGAGCGCAAAACAUGCAAUAUGGCCUCUCAACGAUAUUUAUAGUGUUUGAGAAGCCUUGAUGGAUGCGCAGCGCCAAACGUUCUAUUAAUAUCACUGUGACAUUGUCAAUUGCAUUUAUUUCACUCCUAGUUUUUCUCUCUUUCCUCCAUAUUUUCUCUCACUCUUUCAAAGAGGUUGUCAGGCUCUAAAGGGGAGCUGGAGAGGGAGAGCGAGAGAAAGAGUUGUGAGAAAAUUAGCUGGGUGUUUUAUGCAUGGCAGGAUGCUUGAUAUGCAGUGUCUCUCACAUACACCAAGACCUAUCAGUCUUACUGAACAGGCUAGGUGUUGAGAAUACUAUUGGCACUGGUAGUUUCUUUCCUUGGUUGUACUCUGUUACAACUGACAUUGUCACUUUUGAUGCAUUGCAUCGAUGCAGGUUCUGCUUAUCACCAUUGUUAGUUUUUUUUGCCAGCCAUUAUGUGUAGUUAUUGCACAAUAUUUACCAACCUCUAAUCUCAGCCCACCAGUUUGCAGCUUAGUGCAGACCAUUGACCAUUUUCCUGCACUCAUGUUACUAAAACUCACUGGUUAAGAUUGAUGGUUGUUGUUACGAUGGAGAAUACUGUUGUGUUAUUGUUGUUCCUGGAUGACUUGAUCCAGGAUGACUGACCGACAUCCUUCCUCUACUUUGACCCUCAGGCCACGGAGAACGAACCGGGCGACAUGGACCUUAGCGGGCUGCCCGAGACCAACGUCGACUCAGAGGAGGACGAUGACGAGGAGGACAUUGAGCGAGCGUCGGACCCCCUCAUGAGCCGCGACAUUGUGCGGGACUGCCUGGAGAAGGACCCCAUGGACCGCACCGAUGACGACAUAGGUGAGUCCGUGCUAGCACACAGAAUGUUCCUCUAACAUUCCCUAAAGGUUCCCCUUUGAUUGUUUGAAAAGUAACUUUCUCACAACGUUUUGGGAACCAAAAUGUAUUUACCUGGUAGUGUGCCAGUGUUUCCCUACUGUUAUGUAGGCACUUGGUAGGGUGCCCCCCCUCCCUUCCCUGCUUUGCUAUGUUGAUUCCUGCCUCAGAAAUUGGCUCCUAAUUGUUUUAAUAGAUGAUUUUGGCACAGAAAGGGGCACCCAACGACUAUUCCACACUACAAUUGAACCCUUACGCUAAAUCUAGAAACAACUGUUAAUAUGCCUAUUCCAUUGUUUAAUUACAGUACUACUGCUAAAAUACCUUGUAAGUGUUUGCUAUUUUUUGGCAAGACAUUUGGAAAAGCAAUGGGAGCAAAUUGGCUUCGGCUUAGUUCACAAAGGGUUAAUCCUACCCAGAGUUCCCAUUGUAGGCUCAUCAGUUUAAUCAAGCAUUCAUGAUUUUUGUCAAAUAAUCUACAGCCACGCCCCCUCUCCCAGUGCCACGCCCUUAGUUUUGCUCUGCCCCGCCCCUCUGUAUUAGCUAGCUACCGUGAAUUAUGUGCCAAUCUGCAGGCCUUUGUGCUUCACUGCUUUCAUUAGGUGAAUUUAUUUUAGCCCGGAGUGAUAUUCUGUCUGUGCCACACAAAGCCUGUGAUAUCAUAGGCCUGUUAGCAGCAAUACAGUGAUAGUCAAGAAAAGAGACUAGUUCACAGUUACUCACAUUUUAAGCUUAGCCAUAGAUGUGGUGUGUGGAUGAUAUAGUGGAUACAAAUACAGAAAGAGAGAGUGAGACAAAAAGAGAAAAUACACCCACCACCCCUUCUCCUCCCCUCGACGAACCCCCAACCUCCCCGCCGCCCCUCCCUGCUCUCUGUGCCGGCAGGCUUUUUUAGGUCAACGCCGCACAUCCUCUCCUCUCCCGACACAUUAAAGUUUCAGUGCUUCCGAAGGCUUCACACAUGACACUGUUUGCCAUGCCAAGCACAGCACCCUAGACUUGCUUUAGGUGCCUAGCAAGGGGAGUCCUUUCCUGGUUCCCGGUUUAGUCCAAAAUCACCCCAAAACGCCACAGCGAACUAUUUCAAGGAGCCAAAAAAAUGCAUGGCGCAGGAAUCAGGAUAGGCAAUGUCCUAUACAGCUGAGCUGAAAGCCCCAAAUGUGAAUUAAGGUUGACACACUGUGGAAGUGAAUUUUCUUUUGAACGUCGAUCACAAAAUGUUUACACUCAAAAGGUUGCGAAACGCAGUGUCUGCUUUUACUUUUAUGCUCAUGCACAGAUUAUUUUAUUUUUUAUCUCGAUGAAAAUGAAAUUGAUAGUUUGCCUUAAUGUACUUAAGAUAAUAAUCCCUUUGUUGGGUACUCAUCACUAUUGUGGGGUUGAAUUUAAUUCACUUUCUCUCGCGCUAGCUGUGCCCUUGUCCAAAGCCGCAGAGAAGUUGAAGGACUGCCAAGUCCACCUAUGCUCGUCCUCUCUCUCUCUCUCCUCUGUGUCAACCUUCCUAACCUCCUCUCCUCCCCCUCUCCAACCUUUCCACAGAGCAAUUACUGGAGUUCAUGCAUCAGCUGCCAGCGUUCGCCAACAUGACCAUGUCGGUGAGGAGGGAGCUGUGUGCCGUCAUGGUGUUUGCUGUGGUUGAGCGCGCCGGCACCAUCGUCCUCAAUGACGGGGAAGAGGUGUGUGUGGGGAGGGGGAUGUGUGUGUCUUAAGUGUCUCUCUUAUGUCUGUAUUGUGUGUGCCUUGAAUGUGUCUGGGUUUGCACAUCUAUGGCCUGGGCAUGCACUUUGCCCUUGCCAUUACCAAUGAAGGUUUCUGAUGUUUUUUUCCCUAUUAAACAUGAAUGACUGCCAUCUCCAAGAAUCUCGGGAUCAUAAGAUUCCCUAAGGGGACCAGAAGAGAGAUCACUUAUCUACUUUCUCUACAGCCUGGACAGGCCCUGGCUUUGAAUUAAGCAAUUUUUCCACUGCGAUGCACCCAAACAAUAGAGUGAAGAGCCAUACCCUUAAGGGCAGUUCACUUCUAUGGCAGUCCAGUCAAUGUGAAAUAACAUCCCAUUGAGCUGAUUUGUGUUAGUAACAUGUCCACUAUAAUGCCUUAGUGCAUUGUCAGAUUUAUAUGUAUUGUUGAUGAUGCUAUAGGGAAGAAAUAGAGGGAGAAAUCGAUCUCUUGCUAUAAAAUAUGAUUUGCUUUUACUUCCAUAAUAAAAGGGUAAAAGCUUAGUUAUUAUUGUAGCGUUAAAACUGGAGUUUAUUAUGCUAUUGAAACAUUUGUGACCAGUGAUUAAAGAUAUCACCUGUCAAAGAAUGUGAUGCUCAUCAUCUUAGUUCAAUUUGAUUCCCUGCCAAAAUAUAGAAUUAAACAUCGAUCCAAUCCUAAAUCAGACAUGGCUAAUGGCUAACUAAUCGCUAAUUGUGAUUAAACAAUGUGUUUAAAGGAUCAUUGUGGUGAUCAUUUCCUUUAACAUUGAUCCUAGCCUGAUAUUAAAACCAUUGAUGUCCACUGAAUGAUCACUGAGUACUUCUGACCCCCUUAGCUGGACUCGUGGUCAGUGAUCCUGAACGGUUCAGUGGAGGUGACGUACCCUGAGGGCAGGCCUGAGAUCCUGUGUAUGGGGAACAGCUUCGGGGUCUCCCCCACCAUGGAGAAGGAGUACAUGAAGGGAGUAAUGAAGACCAAGGUGGACGACUGUCAGGUAAGGCCUAGCACUGUGACUGGCUCAUAUGAUGGACGAUUGGUCGAUGGCCCAUCAUAGGGGCCUUAUUUCCAUCAGAUAUAUUGAUCUGUAUGAUUUACUGGACCCUGUUAUUUACUUGUGCAAUUAGUCAGUUGCAUUUUAAAUCAAGCUUGAAUUAAGUAUCUAGUUAUAAUUUGCCAAUAAUUCAAAUUAAGACACUGGGGUUAAUUCUCUAAGAGAUUGUAUUUAUGUCAAUGGUAUCAUAAAAUAGAUUUGCUCAAAAUUGAUCUCAGCCAUGCUGGUCUAAAAAAGAUUGUGUCCCCAAGCUAACUACUUCUCCUCUCUCUCUGCUCUGCUCCAGUUUGUGUGCAUAGCGCAGCAGGACUACUGCUGCAUCCUCAACCAGGUGGAGAAGAACAUGCAGAAGGUGGAGGAGGAGGGCGAGAUCGUCAUGGUCAAGGAGCACCGCGAGCUGGACCGCACUGGCACACGGAAGGGACACAUCGUGAUCAAGGUGAGUUCAUUCAUUCUUGAAUAAAUGCUAUGUAUACAACUUUGAGUGUUACCUAAAGGAUUCUAUUAUAAUCUCUAUUAUCUUUGUAAAUGGAAUAGAACAGAAAAAAAGUAUUGUCCACAAAAUGUGGAAAGUUGCCUUUUGGUGUCUUCACAGUGACAUGAUACACAUGAGACUCAAAACAAACAUUAAAACGCUUCUCCUUGUACACCAUCUCCCUUAGGGCACGACGGAGCGUCUGACCAUGCACCUGGUAGAGGAGCACUCUGUGGUGGACCCCACCUACAUCGAGGACUUCCUACUGACCUACAGAACCUUCCUCUCCAGCCCCAUGGUCGUGGGCAAGAAGCUCCUCGAGUGGUUCCACGACCCAAGCCUCAGGGACAAGGUCAGCUCCCAGUUCAAAAGCUUUACUAUCCAUUUCAGUAAAGCAUUUCAGUCAUUGCAUUGUAAUGGAAGCUAGACAGUACUUAACAUCCGUCAUAGUAAACGCAUAGAUAAUACCACAUAGAUCACAGAUGCAUGCAUGCAUACACUCUUACCAAUGUGACCGACUGCCUGUUUUUUAUAUUGGAUAAAAGUAGAGACUCAGAGCUAGAAAAUGGUAUAUCAUAGACUGCAGUUGAGGAACAAUGGGAAAGUAAGUCUGCUUUGAAAGUUGAUAAACUUGUAACCUCACUUUUGAGAAAAUGGUCCUUGAACGUUUUGGUACACCUACUGGAGAGCUCUUCUUUGUCUACACCCAUUCAGCAUCGUUCACAACCUCUUAAGCCUUAGCCCCACCCAUCUCGUUAAGGAGUCACAUGUGAGGCCAUGUGGUAAACACACGCUAUAUCAAAUAAAAUCUAAGUUUAUUUGUCACAUGCACAGGAUGCAGAAGGUGUAAAUGGUACAGUGAUGGUACUUGCAUAGUAGCAAUAUCAAAAACAGAAAGUGUGCAGAUAAAAAUAUUUAAUAUUUUAUCAUUAUUAGAUGACGCUUACCUGACACAUUUGUCUAAAUUGAUGGGUCAUGUGAAGCAAAUGCUAUAACCACCCCUCGCCCACAUCUAGCUAAGUGGAUGGGUCACUAUUGUCCAGACAUGUACAAAUGUUCAUGAAAUACAAUCGAUGGCCGUAAUCACCCCCAGACACACCUGCUAAUUUGAUGGGUCAUGUAAUAAUCCGGCCGAAGUGGAGUCUUUUGUUUAGACAUGUAGCUAGCUAGGUAGCUAGCUAGCUAAACAAUGAGCCGGCAUAACCCCAACUCAUACUACUACCAAUACAAACAUUGUCAUAGCUGUAGUAUGAAUCUGCAGGUAGCUAAAGCUAACAAACUAGGUUCAAUGUUAACUAGCUAACAUUAGGCUAUAACUAGCAAUGCAAAUGGUUUUCUGAUUAGAAUAAUAUUACUACACAGAUCAUACACGUAACGUUAGCUAGCGAGCCAGCAAGCUAAUGUUUACUAGCUAACUAACAGUAUGCUUUAAUUUGCAAUAAAAAUGACUUUCUGACAAAAUUAGAAACGUACAUCUGGAAAAUGUAGCUAGACUCUUACCCGUAUACAUGGAUGAACGCUUCACGGCAGACUGGAACCAUUUAACUCUGUUUUGUUUGUAGCUACAUCUUGUUUGGCCAGCUUUGUGUCAAGUCACUCCGGUUCACACUGACCGUGGCAUGUGCAGAAAGUAGCCCAUCACUUUUUCCUACUGAUCUGUCGAUAGCGGCUGCUAAAUUCAGGGCCUCAAUGUUGUUGAGAAAAGUAGCAAAACUUUUGUAGUUCUCGAUGGCUAACGUUAUCUUUCAAAAAACGGCGUGGUAGAAAGGACUGUCAACACAUAUUGAACAGCUCACGUUAUUGACAGAAGCGUGCUACGUGGCAUACCAAUCCAAACUCAUCUCUCGGCAUGUCCAGCCCAUACAUUAUCUCAGCCAAUCAUGGCUAGUGGGAAGGUUCCUGUCUUUUUCCAUGGCUAAACAACUAGGCUCGUAAUAUAAAUGUUGUAUUCGUAUUUAUGGAUCUAAUACAAGUUUGUUAUUAAGGCACCUGAAAGUUCACAUGUUCCAGACGGCAUUUCUGCCAAAAAAACGCAUUUUGAUAAAAAAUAAAGUUUAUGUUCAAAUGCUGCUCCUGUGAAGUAGUGAUGUGCGACAUACGCCUAGUUUCCUGAAACAAGUCACAUAUAUGGAGAUUAAUACAUAUUUGCGCACAAACACACAUACAUACACAGAGCUAAGUGUGAGGAAAUGCAUCUAACUAGCUGGCAUUCAAUCCAAGCCAUUUUUUUGUUUUACUGUGAGUGAAAAUGAACCCUUCUUCUUGCAUCCACAGGUUACACGGGUAGUCUUGCUGUGGGUGAACAAUCACUUCAAUGACUUUGAAGGCGACCCAGCAAUGACUCGCUUUCUAGAAGAGUUCGAAAACAAUCUGGAGAGAGAGGUCCGUGUCUCAGUUAAGCAUAGCAUGUUUCAUAUCCAGUUCAGCCAUUACUCCUCCUUUGCCUUCAUUAUACAGUACCAGUCAAAAGUUUGGACACACCUACUCAUUCAAGGGUUUUUCUUUAUUUUAUGAUUUUCUACAAUGUAGAAUAAUAGUGAAGACAUCAAAACUAUUAAAAAGUGUUAAACAAAUCAACAUAUAUUUUAGAUUCUUCAAAGUAGCCACAUUUUGCCUUGAUGACAGCUUUGCACACUUGGCAUUCUCUCAACCAGCUUCAUGAGGAAUGCUUUUCCGACAGUCUUGAAGGAGUUCACACAUAUGCUGAGCACUAGUUGGCUGCUUUUCCUUCACUCUGUCGUCCAACUCAUCCCAAACCAUCUCAAUUGGGUUGAGGUCGGGUGAUCUGAUGCAGCACUCUCACUCUCCUUCUUGGUCAAAUAGCCCUUACACAGCCUGGAGGUGUGUUGGGUCAUUGUCCUGUUGAAAAAAAAUUGAUAGUCCCACUAAGCGCAAACCCGAUGGGAUGGCGUAUCGCUGCAGAAUGCUGUGGUAGCCAUGCUGGUUAAGUGUGCCUUGAAUUCUAAAUAAAUCACUGACAGUGUCACCAGCAAAGCACCAUCACACCUCCUCAUCCAUGCUUCACAUGGGAAUGUAGAUUAUCUGUUCACCUACUCUGCAUCUCACAAAGACACGGCGGUUGGAACCAAAAAUCCUAAAUUUGGACUCAUCAGACCAAAGGACAGAUUUCCACCGGUCUAAUUUCCAUUGCUUGUGUUUCUUGGCCCAAGCAAGUCUUUUCUUCUUAUUGGUGUCCUUUAGUAGUGCUUUCUUUGCAGCAAUUUGACCAUGAAGGCCUGAUUCAAUCAGUCUCCUCUGAACAGUUGAUGUUAAGAUGUCUGUUACUUGAACUCUGAAGCAUUUAUUUGGGCUGCAAUCUGAGGUGCAGUUAAAUCUAAUGAACUUAUCUUCUGCAGCAGAGGUAACUCUGGGUCUUCAUUUCCUGUGGCGGUCGUCAUGAGAGCCAGUUUCAUCAUAGCGCUUGAUUGUUUUUGCGAAUGCACUUGAAGAAACUUUCAAAGUUCUUGAAAUGUUCCAGAUUGACUGACCUUCAUGUCUUAAAGUAAAGAUGUACUGUCAUUUUGUCUUUGCUUAUUUGAGCUGUUCUUGCUAUAAUAUGGACUUGGUCUUUUACCAAAUAGGGCUAUCUUCUGUAUACCACCCCUAACUUGUCACAACACAACUGAUUGGCUCAAACGCAUGAAGAAGGAAAGAAAUUACACAAAUUAACUUUUAAGAAGGCAAACCUAUUAUUUGAAAUGCAUUCCAGGUGACUACCUCAUGAAGCUGGUUGAGAGAAUACGAAGAGUGUGCAAAGCUUUCAUCAAGGCAAAGGGUGGCUAUUUUGAAGAAUCUCAAAUAUAAAAUAUAUUUUGAUUUGUUUAACACCUUUUUGGUUACUUUGUGAUUCCAUGUGUGUUAUUUCAUAGUUUUGAUGUCUUCACUAUUAUUCUACAAUGUAGAAAAUAGUAAAAGUAAAGACAAACCCUUGAAUGAGUAGGUGUGUCCAAACUUUUGACUGGUACUGUAUAUUCAGUCAAACAUUUGCCUUGCGCUACUCUCUUAUUUCACAAUAAAAAUUCUAAAAUGUUUUUUCUUUUUCUUUCACAUAGUAACAAAGUUGAGAUACAAACACAAACCCUGAAUUUAGCAAUAUACUAAACAUUCUCAAUUUCCUUUACAGAAAAUGUGCGGCCACCUUAGACUGUUAAACAUUGCCUGCGCUGCUAAAGCCAAACUGCGUCUAGUGACACUGACCAAGCCGUCGAGGGAGGCCCCUCUAGCCUUCACCCUGCUGGGGGGCUCCGAGAAAGGCUUCCGCAUCUUCAUCGACAGCGUGGUGCCCGGGAGCAAGGCCGCAGAGGCCGGCCUCAGACGAGGAGACCAGGUGAAGUAACAAGAAUGUUCUUUAUAUAGUGUUUUUUCAUAUGUUCAAAAUGCUUCACGUAGAAGGAAGUAGUAAGGAAAACUUCCCUCAUCCAAUACCAGUGUAUGUGUUGCACCCACCUGAUUGAUGGUACGGCACUGUUUUGUGCCAGAAAGAUCACCACAUAUUAGACAGCAAUGACAGUGUAGAAGUGAGGAGUGCUCAUUCACUAGUUUACUCAGGAGUGAUUUUUCACACUUUGCCCCAAGGGUUCCAAAGAUCCUAGGUUAAAUCCAGGAUGCCAGCUUGGAAACCCUGCUUGGCUGGGCUUUGGUGUAGAUAAAAUGAAUACUCCUUAAACACCUCCCUGCAGCUGCUUGCCAAAUGAAAUAUGAACCAUAGCAUCCUGCAAAGCAUUUUUACUCUUACAAUUCUCCUGUCAAACCUUCUCAUGUAUUGCCAUAUACACAGUGAGUGACUGUCUAACAAGAGCUCAAAUACCCUUAUCAAUCUCCCUACCCUUUUCAUCGGCCCAUUAACGAGACCUCUUAGCCGAAUUUACGACCAGUGUUUCUUUAAUAAGGGCUGGCCCAGAAACAGCCGUUAGACCUGAUUUGCACCAUCAGCACUGUGGUAAUGACUGCAGAGGAAGGCCCCUCACUCACAGAGAGAUCAAAGGUAAUUUCCUGGUUCACCCAGAGAUCACUUCCUGGUUCACCCAGAGGAAAGGAGGAUGACUCGGUAGCACGCUCAUGUGUAAACACAAAGUCCUCUCCCUUUCAUGACAAGGCAGCACCUGCUACGAGGAAAUAGAGACAAGUAGUGUAGUAGUGUAGCUGUUAGAGAGAUGGGCAUGGGAAGUGGGGAUGGUUCCAACACCUGGGAGGAUAUGUAUGAGUUUCAGUGUCAUGUAAUUGAAUAGUUCACAUGGCUCAGUAAGUUGGAGUUUGGUGCCUACAUAAGAGUUGUGGAUUUGACUCUUGCAUGAAUUAACAGGAUUGAGGAUGUGGAUGAUUACUGUAUGUAAUGUUUGUGGUGUCUUUGUUUGACUUUGAACAGAUUCUGGAGGUGAAUGGGCAGAACUUUGAAAAUGUCCAGCUCACCAAAGCCAAUGAGAUCCUGAGGAACAACACCCACUUGUCAAUUUCUGUGAAAACCAAUCUUUUAGGUGAGAAUUGAGGGCUAACUGUAACUACGAAUGUAAUACUAUACUGAACAAAAAUAUAAACGCAACAUGUAAAGUGUUGGUCCCAUGUUUCAUGAACUGAAAUCAAAUAUCACAGAAAUUGUUAAUAUGCACAAAAAGCUUAUUUUUCUCAAAUUGUGCACACAAAUCAGUUUAUAUCCCAGUUAGUGAGCAUUUCCCCUUUUCCAAGAUAAUCCAUCCACCUGACAGGUGUGGCAUAUCAAGAAGCUGAUUAAACAGCAUGAUCAUUACACAGGUGCACCUUGUGCUGGGGACAAUAAAAGGCAACUGUAAAAUUUGUCACACAACAUAAUGCCACAGAUGUUUCAAGUUUUGAGGGAGCAUACAAUUGGCAUGCUGACUGCAGGAAUUUCCACCAGAGCUGUUGCCAGAGAAUUGAAUGUUAAUUUCUCUACCAUAAGCCACCUCCACAAUUGCAUUUUCUCAAUGGCAAAUUGAAUGCACAGUGAUACCGUGACGAGAUCCUGAGGCCCGUUGUCGUGCCAUUCAUAUACUGCCAUCACCUCAUGUUUCUGCAUGAUAUUGCACGGCCCCAUAUCGCAAGGAUCUGUACACUAUUCUUGGAAGCUGAAAAUGUCCCAGUUCUUCCAUGGCCUGCAUACUCGCCAAACAUGUCACCCAUUGAGCAUGUUUGGGAUGCUCUGGAUCUACAGUAUGUUCCAGUUCCCGCCAAUAUCCAGCAACUUUGCACAGCCAUUGAAGAGGAGUGGGACAACAUUCCACAGGCCACAAUCAACAGCCUGAUCAACUCAAUGUGAAGGAGAUGCAUCGCACUGCAUGAGGCAAAUGGAGGUCACACCAGAUACUGACUGGUUUUCUGAUCCACACCCCUACCUUUUUUUUAAAGGUAUCUGUGACCGACAGAUGCAUAUCUGUAUUCCCAGUCAUGUGAAAUCCGUAGAUUAGGGCCUAAUUAAUGUAUUUAUUUAAAUUGACUGAUUUCCUUAUAUGAACUGUAACUCAUCUUUGAAAAUCUUUUAAAAUUGUUGCAUGUUGUGUUUUAUACUUUUGUUCAGUAUAAUAACUAAUACUAAUAUUAAUAAUAUAAGUAACAGUAACACUAUCAUGGAAGCCUUGUGUUUCACACAGUAUUGAAGAGGACCAAGUAAGAAAUACUAAUCCGUUUCCCCCCUUUCAUCCACCCAGUGUUCAAGGAGCUACUAGCCCGGCCGGAGCGCGACCACGAGGCAGAGGGUGAGGAGCCACCAGAGGUGGACCGCAAGAAUGGCGCCCCGGCACACCUGCCCAAGAUUGGGGACAUCAAGAAGAGCUCGCGCUACUCCAUCCCUGACCUGGCGGUGGACGUUGAGCAGGUGAUGUAUUAUGAUGGACUACAGUACCCAUAAUGCUUUGUGUAUGGUAUCAGGCACGUGUUCAUUAGGCACCAAACAGAAGAAAACAGACUGAAACAGGAAGGGACUACCUGACAUUGUCCAAUCAGAAAUGCUUGUUUUCGUUUUCUGUUGCAAAAUGUUUUGCUACAAUGUGCCCUAAUGAAAAUGUCCCUGGUUUUAUCUUAGUAAAGACAUUCCUAAAGCCUAACCUAAUGGUGUCCCGUCUCCUCCUUAAUGCAGGUGAUGGGCCUGGAGAAGGCCAGUAAGAAGGCCAAGGCCAACACUGUGGGAGGAAGGAACAAGCUCAAGAAGAUCUUCGACAAGACGCUCACCAGCAUCCUGCCCCCAAAACCGUACAAGUAAGAGACGAAGGGAAAAUGUUGCUUCAAAUUUAGAGAGGAAAGGAGAGUGGAAGAAAAAUAAUAAUAGUGGAGUUGAAGAAAAUAGGAGAGGAGAGUGCGGAAUAAAAUGGGGUUGGGUUAUUACUGUUUAAUUUGUUAUAUUUCUCAAGAUGUAUUGAGGUCUUUCCAUGACAUAGACUGACCAUGUGAAUCCAGGUGAAGGCUAUGAUCCCUUAUUGAUGUCACUUGUUAAAUCCACUUCAAUCAGUGUAGAUGAAUGGAGACAGGUUAAAGAAGGAGUUUUAAGCCUUCAGACAUGGAUUGGGUGUAUGUGCCAUUCAGAGGAUGAUUUAAGUGCCUUUGAAUGGGUUAUGGUAGUAGGUGCCAGGUGAAUCGGUUUGUCUUAACAUGGACCAGCUUCCCCGUGGAACGCUUUCGACACCUUGUACAGUCCAAGCCCUGAUGAAUUGAGGCUGUUCUGAGGGGAUGCAACUCAAUAUUAGGAUAUUCUUAAUGUUUUGUGCACUGUGUACUUUACUGUACAAACAUCGCCCUCUAUCCUCUGAAAGUGGAACUGCUUCUAACCCCUCCCUCUGUGUUUCGGUAGCGACGUGGGCGUGGGCCAGUCGCAGGACGAUAGCAUUGUGGGCCUGAAGCAGUCCAAACAGAUUCCGGCCGCGCUGCCAGUCAGCGGCAACCUAUCGUCCAGCAACCCUGACCUGCUGCAGUCCCACCACCGCAUCCUGGACUUCAACAACCAACCGGGUGAGGACAAAGAGACACACCCCUCUUUGAACCUCUAAUAGACAACUGAAUAUUAUAAAGCAUACAUUACACAUCUAUAAGCACAACUUGGCUGUCUUCAGCUCUCUUGAAGCCAUCUAGUUCGCAUGCAUUUAUAUACAUUGCCAACCGUGCACAUACUUCGCCAGAUGUCUGGCAUCCAAGUUUGACACACCCAUUAACGUUCUCCUACACACACUCUUUGUGUUCUUUCAGCCCCAGUCGUGACAAGUGAGUAUCGCUCUGCCGCUCUGCCCACGGCAACGCUUGUCCUCUUUGCCAGCUAACUGCUUUUUCGUUUACAAGCUUCCUAUGGUGUUUCUAAAACUGCUCUCUAAAGGGCAAACUUUUAACUGUGGUUAUGGUCUGGUCUUGUCGGUCUUGAUAAAAGCAGGCAUCAAAUCAGUGUGUUUUAAUGGGUAAUGCAUGCCUGAAUCUAACUGGAGUACAUUUUGAAACAAAUCGAGUAUAAGCAGCCAGCAUUACAUUGACCAAUUCAUUCUCUGUGCAUAUUGGUGUGUUUCAUUGUAAUCGUGGUGGUAUGUUGACAUCAAAAUGAUUUAGGUGGGGAUGCCAUGAUUUUUUAACCUUGGGGGAAAAAAACAAUGGUACUUGAAUUAUGUGACUGUGCAUGACAAAAUUGCUGAAUUCGGACAUAUAAUUGUUCAGGUAAUUUCAAUGCAAUUAAGUGAUCUACAUAUCCCAAAUGAGGAUUCCGCCCCUAAUGUUUGACCAACAUUGUGUUGACGUUGUACCUCUACCCCCCCCCCCCCCCCCCCCCCCAGACAUGUCCGACCAGGUGCUGCGGGUGUUCAAGGCAGACCAACAGAGUCGAUACAUCAUGAUUGGUAAGGACACCACGGCCAAGGAGGUGGUGGCCCAGGCCAUCCGGGAGUUCGCCCUGACCGCGGCGCCCGAAGCCUAUUCGCUGUGCGAGGUGUCCGUCACGCCGGAGGGCGUCAUCAAGCAACGGCGGCUACCAGAGCAGCUGUCCAAGCUGGCUGAUAGGAUACAGCUCAGUGGCAGGUAAGGACUGGUUCUAUUGAUUUAAUUAUUUCAAUUAUUUAUAGAGUUUUGUUCCAUCUCUUGUACAAAAGAUAGCAAAUACUCUCAAGUCUCCCCUUCCUGUUGUGCUGAUGUUCUCAUGACCAUUCCUAUCUUAAAACCUGCUCUCCCAUAGUCCCUUAUUAGUAAAGACCUUGUCUUUUAAUAUUUUUAUUCAAGUCACAUUAUAGUCACAAAACAUCAGGUGCUUGUUAAUAGUUACUCAACUUGAUACUAUGAAUAACUAACAAAAACACUUGAAUAUGUGCUUUGUGUUGAUCUGAUUCUACUGGACGAACAAAAUGGAGACAGAUUAUCUAUGUCCAAAAUAAUACCUGCGUGUAAAUACUAAAGGAACUCCCUGCUCUUCCCCUCUCUCUAGAUACUACCUGAAGAGCAACAUGGAGACAGAAACCCUCUGUUCAGACGAGGACGCCCAGGACCUCCUUCGUGAAGCCCAGAUCUCCCUCCUCCAGCUCUCCACCGUGGAAGUAGCCACGCAGCUCUCCAUGCGUGCCUUCGAACUCUUCUGCGCCAUCGAGCCCACUGAGUACAUCGAUGACCUGUUCAAGCUCAAGUCCAAGACGGGCUCAUUUUGCCUCAAGCGCUUCGAGGAGGUCAUCAACCAAGAGACCUUCUGGGUGGCGUCGGAGGUGACCCGGGAGCCCAACCAACUCAAGCGCAUGAAGACGGUCAAGCACUUCAUCAAGAUUGCUCUCCAUUGUAGAGAGUGCAAGAACUUCAACUCCAUGUUCGCCAUCAUCAGGUGAGGUGGGAGAGGAGGACGACAAGAGGAGACCCGGUGGCCAUGUUGUAUUGUUGUGAUGUAGAUGUAUUAAACCAAUUUUGAAGAGUUUUACACCAAAUCCAGCAGUUAGGCUGAAUCAGCUGUGUUUGUGUGGGGUUGGAUGAAACCUUUUCAUCCUCUAGAACCAGAGUUAACCCCCUAACCCUAAUCCCCAGAGGUUAGCACACCCCCUCUACAGGAUCAGCCUUCUAACUUCACUGUCUGUCUGUGGUCCUCCCCCAACAGUGGUCUGAACCUGGCCCCAGUAUCUAGACUCCGGGGCACGUGGGAAAAGCUGCCCAGUAAGUACGAGAAGCUGUUUGGGGACCUGCAGGACCUGUUUGACCCGUCCAGGAACAUGGCCAAGUACCGCAACGUGCUCAACAACCAGAACCUCCAGCCGCCCAUCAUCCCCCUGUUCCCUGUCAUCAAGAAAGACCUCACCUUCCUGCACGAAGGUAGUCAAUGACACACUUGGUCAUUUUGUAUCACAAAAUGUGUUCAAAAACAUUAAUUUUGGAACCCAGAACCAAAUCUUAAGGAAGAUAAACCCCCACCCUUCUCAAAGCUUCUGCCAAAGCCCAUCCCCAGCCCCUCCCCUCCCUUUUCCACUGUUAUAACAAAUAGUCUCUCUCGUCUUUCCCCAGGGAACGACUCAAAAGUGGACGGCCUGGUGAACUUUGAGAAGCUGCGUAUGAUCGCCAAAGAGAUCCGCCACGUGGGUCGCAUGGCCUCCGUCAACAUGGACCCUGCGCUCAUGUUCAGAACCAGGUAACAUCGGGAAAAACACCGAAAACCAAUAUUCCCAGAAGACUAACAAUGCUUAACCAUCCCCUACACAUCCAAUCAAAUCACUGUAGAUUGUCAAUGGUUGUUCACAUGUAGAUUGUCAAUAUUCCCCGCUUCCACGCUUUUCCCUUGAGCAGCCAUUUCCCCGGGCAACCCAGCUGUUUCCUGUAUUCUGUACUGUCCACUUAUCGUUGGCAUAAAACCACAGUGCUCAUGUGAAAGUGUGUGUCUGACUGUGACUAUGUACAGUUGAAGUCGGAAGUUUACAUACACUUAGGUUGGAGUCAUUAAAACUCGUUUUUCAAACACUCCACAAAUUUCUUGUUAACAAACUAUAGUUUUGGCAAGUCGGUUAGGACAUCUACUUUGUGCAUGACACAAGUAAUUUUUCCAACAAUUGUUUACAGACAGAUUAUUUCACUUAUAAUUCACUGUAUCACAAUUCCAGUGGGUCAGAAGUUUACAUACACUAAGUUGACUGUGCCUUUAAACAGCUUGGAAAAUUCCAGAAAAUAAUGUCAUGGCUUUAGAAGCUUCUGAUAGGCUAAUUGACAUCAUUUGAGUCAAUUGGAGGUGUACCUGUGGAUGUAUUUCAAGGCCUACCUUCAAACUCAGUGCCUCUUUGCUUGACAUCAUGGGAAAAUCAAAAGAAAUCAGCCAAGACCUCAGAAAAAUAAUUGUAGACCUCUACAAGUCUGGUUCAUCCUUGGGAGCAAUUUCCAAACGGCUGAAGGUACCACGUUCAUCUGUACAAACAAUAGUACGCAAGUAUAAACACCAUGGCACCACGCAGCCAUCAUACCGCUCAGGAAGGAGACGCGUUCUGUCUCCUAGAGAUGAACAUACUUUGGUGCGAAAAGUGCAAAUCAAUCCCAGAACAACAGCAAAGGACCUUGUGAAGAUGCUGGAGGAAACAGGUACAAAAUUAUCUAUAUCCACAGUAAAACAAGUCCUAUAUCGACAUAACCUGUAAGGCCGCUCAGCAAGGAAGAAGUCACCGCUCCAAAACCACCAUAAAAAAGCCAAACUAUGGUUUGCAACUGCACAUGGGGACAAAGAUCAUACUUUUUGGAGAAAUGUCCUCUGGUCUGAUGAAACAAAAAUAGAACUGUUUGGCCAUAAUGACCAUCGUUAUGUUUGGAGGAAAAAGGGGGUUGCUUGCAAGCUGAAGAACACCAUCCCAACCGUGAAGCACGGGGGUGGCAGCAUCAUGCUUGGGGGUGCUUUGCUGCAGGAGGGACUGGUGCACUUCACAAAAUAGAUGGCAACAUGAGGAAGGAAAGUUAAGUGGACAUAUUGAAGCAACAUCUCAAGACAUCAGUCAGGAAGUUAAAGCUUGGUCGCAAAUGGGUCUUCCAAAUGGACAAUGAUCCCAAGCAUACUUCCAAAGUUGUGGCAAAAUGGCUUAAGGACAACAAAGUCAAGGUAUUGGAGUGGCCAUCAGAAAGCCCUGACCUCAAUCCUAUAGAAAAUGUGUGGGCAGAACUGAAAAGGCGUAUGUGAGCAAGGAGGCCUACAAACCUGACUCAGUUACACCAGCUCUGUCAGGAGGAAUGGGCCAAAAUUCACCCAACUUAUUGUGGGAAGCUUGUGGAAGGCAACCCGAAACGUUUGACCCAAGUUAAACAAUUUAAAGGCAAUGCUACCAAAUACGAAUUGAGUGUAUGUAAACUUCUGACCCACUGGGAAUGUGAUGAAAGAAAUAAAAGCUGAAAUAAAUCAUUCUCUCUAUUAUUCUGACAUUUCACAUUCUUAAAAUAAAGUGGUGAUCCUAACUGACCUAAGACAGGGAAUCUUUACUAGGAUUAAAUGUCAGGAAUUGUAAAAACUGAGUUUAAAUGUAUUUGGCCAAGGUGUAUCUAAACUUCCGACUUCAACAGUAUGUCCACCAUGCUGUGAUGUCACUUCCGGGUGUCGGUGGUUGUUAUCAAUGUUUGUCUCUUUCUCUCUAUUGUGGGCCUCUGGUAAACUUGCUCAUCUUGGUGGCUCUCUGUGGUCUAUCCUGUCUAAGCUUGUCUCCCUCUCUUUCUCUCUCUCUUUCUCUCUCUCCCCGUGCACUCUUUGCCCUCCACGCUUCACUGUUCAUGGCUAUCCCUUCUAGGAAGAAGAAAUGGAGGAGUUUAGGGUAAGUUUUUGGUGACCGACCUUUCCAUGCUUUUUUCUUUUGCCCCAUUUGCUGGCUCCCUUCCUUCCUCAUUUCGGACGCCUCGUUUUUUUGUUUUUAGUGCUGAUUUUACAUUUGGUUUGAAACCCUUCUAACACUGCUUGGCUCUGGCAAAAAUAUUUUUCGAAAUGGAAAUGAACAUCACUUUUGCUUUUUUCAGGUCAAACUACAAUUUUAGAAUUCUCAAAAUAAUUCGCAAUUAUGCAUUAAAACUGAUAUAGUGAUCCAUGAACUAGCAAAAGUGAUUACUUUGUGUUUUCCCAGCUAAGAUAGCCUACUUACCAAUAAUGGCAUGCCUACUUUUGUUUUGGAUCAGUUUGGAUUUAUCAGCCUCCAGACUGAAAAUAUCUUCUUAAACAUGAAAGUCUGUAGUGUGCUACAAUGACAGCCAAACAGGGCAUAAAAUUAACACCUGCCAAAUGCGGGUAGAUUUAGGUAUUGGCAGGUAAGAAUGUCUAUUUCACCAGCCACAAUGGCGGGUGGUCAAUUUUCAGGGCUCUACAAUGCGAGCAUUAAAUAUGCGAAUAAAAAGAGUCAAAAGUCAAGUAUGAGCACGUGCAAGUUUGGGUUAGAGAAAUGCUGCAGUAGCAGUUUUCCAAGUAUUUCUGCUGUUGUGUUUCAUAGUUGUUAAUUGCACAAGGAAAUAUGAAUCCUCGGGCAGCAACACUGGCAGGGGAGUGAAGUGCUGAGAUUUGUUUUUGGAGGCGCUGCGCACAAGAAUUUGGACUAAUUUACUCAAGUCUACAAAGUGAGACUUUGUCCUCUUGUUUUUUUAGCUAUUUACAUUGUUUUGUUCACAAGCUCGGUUGUUUUUCAAGACGCAUCGAGUGGUCCCGUUACCUCCAGGCCUUAAAGGGGCAGCUGAACAUUUUGUCCCUGAUAUUUUGGUUAAAAGUCUCUGGUCACAAGAAAUGAAAUGGAGCAAUAUACCACAUUUACUUCUUACUAAUACAUUUCUUGUUUUAGAAAAAUUACCAAGCAUGUUCAUCUGUAAAAAUGUAAUUUUUUUAAAUUAUGGCACAAAAAAAUGGCUGGUAAAGAAUCUGAGUGGAUGGUAGGUUUUUUCAUCUACCUGCCAUAGUGGCUGGCGGACCAAAAAGUUCAUUUUAGGCCCGCAGCCAAACUAGUCAUGCUUUACAUUACAGUGGCCAAGGAGGUACUAUACAGAGCAUUCAUUGUUCAAUUCCACCAUACUAUGCAUGUACUCUGUAUGUACCAUAGUUUCUGCUGAAAAGGCAUUUCACUAGAACUACCUUGGUGUUUACCACAGAAAUGACUAUACAUCACUAUUUGAACCCCCAACACACACACACACACACACACACAUCCCCUGUUUCCUGACUGAUUGACCCCCUGGCCCUAUUCCCUCCCCUUCUUCCUUGGAAUGCAUGGAAUGUUCUGGAGCUGAGAGGAAUGCCCCCAAAGCCUCUCGGUCUCUGCAUGUCUGCCUCUCAAACGACCGUCUCAACUACCUUCCAGGAAUAGUGCCCACACACCUAAAUAUUAGUACACACACAUGGCCAUAGUCUGAUGGUGGUCUCGCUCUCCCCUCUCCAUUUCUAUGUGUGUGCGUGCCUGCGUGCCUGUGUGUGUGUGUGUGUGUGUGUGUGUCUGUGUCUGUGUGUGUGUAUGUACGCGUGUGACCAGGUCUCUUAGCCAGGGCAGUGCCAACGCGGCGGUGCUAGACGUCACCCAGACGGGCGGGCACAAAAAGCGGGUGAGGCGCAGCUCCUUCCUGAACGCCAAGAAGCUGUAUGAGGACGCCCAGAUGGCCCGCAAGGUCAAGCAGUACCUGUCCAACCUCAGCCUGGAGACCAACGAGGAGGCGCUGCAGACCCUCUCAAUGCAGUGUGAGCCCUCCAUCAACACACGUAAGUGUUGGAUAGAGUACAUGCUGUGCACACACACACUUGUGUUCUCUAACUGCAAUGUGAGCCCUCCAUCAACACGUGAAUGACGCACACAUGCAUGCUGUGUAUACACAAGCACACCAGGUGGCCAUUUUGACUCCGCAGCAACACUCCGUUUGUUAACGCACCACAUUCUCCUUCAACCCUUUCUCAGUGCCCAAGAAUGCUGGUGGCGGUAAGAGGCCAGACACGUCUCCGGUGGUGUCCAGAGCUGCCAGCCAGCAGAGGGGCCAGCUGCAGAAGGGAAACCAGGCCCUUCAGGUGCCCGCCGUGGCCCUCUACCCCUCCCGCAAGAAAGUGCCAGUCAAGGACCUGCCACCAUUCGGUAAGAACCUGCGCUAGUUAAGGGGAAAAUCAUACAGUUGAAGUCAGAAGUUUACAUACACUUAGGUUGGAGUCAUUAAAACUCAUUUUUUCAACCACUCCACACAUUUAUUUUUUACUAACUAUAGUUUUGGCAAGUCGGUUAGGAUAUCUACUUUGUGCAUGACACAAGUAAUUUUUCCAACAAUUGUUUACAGACAGAUUAUUUCACUUAUAAUUCACUGUAUCACAAUUCCAGUGAGUCAGAAGUUUACAUACACUAAGUUGACUGUGCCUUUAAACAGCUUGGAAAAUUCCAGAAAAUGAUGUCAUGGCUUUAGAAGCUUCUGAUAAGCUAAUUGACAUCAUUUGAGUCAAUUGGAGGUGUACCUGUGGAUGUAUUUCAAGGCCUACCUUCAAACUCAGUGCCUCUUUGCUUGACAUCAUGGGAAAUCAAAAGAAAUCAGCCAAGACCUCAGAAAAAUAAUUGUAGACCUCCACAAGUCUGGUUCAUCCUUGGAAGCAAUUUCCAAACGCCUGAAGGUGCCACGUUCAUCUGUACAAACAAUAGUACGCAAGUAUAAACACCAUAGGACCACGCAGCCGUCAUACUGCUCAGGAAGGAGAUGCGUUCUGUCUCCUAGAGAUGAACAUACUUUGGUGCGAAAAGUGCAAAUCAAUCCCAGAACAACAGCAAAGGACCUUGUGAAGAUGCUGGAGGAGACAGGUACAAAAUUAUCUAUAUCCACAGUAAAACAAGUCCUAUAUCGACAUAACCUGUAAGGCCGCUCAGCAAGGAAGAAGUCACCGCUCCAAAACCACCAUAAAAAAGCCAAACUAUGGUUUGCAACUGCACAUGGGGACAAAGAUCAUACUUUUUGGAGAAAUGUCCUCUGGUCUGAUGAAACAAAAAUAGAACUGUUUGGCCAUAAUGACCAUCGUUAUGUUUGGAGGAAAAAGGGGGUUGCUUGCAAGCCGAAGAACACCAUCCCAACCGUGAAUCAUGGGGGUGGCAGCAUCAUGCUGUGGGGGUGCUUUGCUGCAGGAGGGACUGGUGCACUUCACAUAAUAGAUGGCAUCAUGAGGAAGGAAAGUUAUGUGGAAAUAUUGAAGCAACAUCUCAAGACAUCAGUCAGGAAGUUAAAGCUUGGUCGCAAAUGGGUCUUCCAAAUGGACAAUGACCCAAGCAUACUUCCAAAGUUGUUCCAAAAUGGCUUAAGGACAACAAAGUCAAGGUAUUGGAGUGGCCAUCACAAAGCCCUGACCUCAAUCCUAUAGAAGAUUUGUGGGCAGAACUGAAAAAGCGUGUGGGAGCAAGGAGGCCUACAAACCUGACUCAGUUACACCAGCUCUGUCAGGAGGAAUGGGCCAAAAUUCACCCAACUUAUUGUGGGAAGCUUGUGGAAGGCUACCCAAAACGUUUGACCCAAGUUAAACAAUUUAAAGGCAAUGCUACCAAAUACGAAUUGAGUGUAUGUAAACUUCUGACCCACUGGGAAUGUGAUGAAAGAAAUAAAAGCUGAAAUAAAUCAUUCUCUCUACUAUUAUUCUGACAUUUCACAUUCUUAAAAUAAAAUGGUGAUCCUAACUGACCUAAGACAGGGAAUCUUUACUAAGAUUAAAUGUCAGGAAUUGUGAAAAACUGAGUUUAAAUGUAUUUGGCUAAGGUGUAUGUAAACUUCCGACUUCAACUGUACUUGAUGCAAUUAUGCACGUUUUAGAAGAUUGUAUGGUGUCAGAAAGAAACAAUCUGUGAUUCCUUUCAGGAAAACACAGUUUCAGUUUCAGGUAAAACGUACCUGAUCACAAUGUUGCUUGUAGUGUGGGUAGCUAGCUUAGUUAGACAAUAUGGACUGGAGAUUCUAAAGAUUAAUCUGCGUCUGGGAAACUGGCCCUUGCUGAAUGCUAAUGAGCAAAUGCUAAUUUUGGCUAUUGUUUUGUUUUGAAGGCACGAGUUCCCCUCAGUCGCUGAAGAAGAUCCUGUCGCUGUCGGAGGAGGCCAGCGAGCGUCACAAGCGUCAGACGGAGGACACAGUGUCUAAUGCCUCCUCGCAGCGCUCCUCCCCUCCCACCUCUCCCCAGAGCUCUCCCAGGAAGGGUAAGAUAAUAAUCCCCUCAAUCCAACCUCAGCCCAGUGCCCCCCUCACCCAUACAGAUACUCAGCAGAUUACUGCUGACACCUAGUGGUCAUAGAGUGGAACUACUGGUUCAGCCUCCUGUGAUGUCAUAGAUGUCGUUUUGAAAUAGCAACAGUUACUCAAGGUUUUUGGGGCUAUGGGACACUGAAAGGGUUUUCUUCUGACCCAUGAAAAAGGAAAGUUGUGCUUUACUUGUGGAGUUACAAUACAUUAAAAGGCACACGCCACAACUAGGGCUGGGCGAUAUGGCCUAAAAAUCGUAUUGCAUAUUUUUUUCAAACUUAUGGGCGGUUCACGAUAUUUAUCUCGAUUCUCUUUAUGUUCUCUCUAAGCGUUGUUGUACAAUUAAAGGUCAAAUACACUGCAUUUCAAACAGUCAGCAAUAAUCUAAUGAAUUCAGGGCUUUUAAAAUUAUACCUAGGCUAAAUCUAAGCCUUCCACAAUCAUAAGACCAACUAAUCAUUUAAUUAUUUUUUCAGAAUAGUUUAGCCUGCUUUUUAUAAUUUUUUAUAACCACUGAUCUGGCUAUCAAGUCUGUCUAUGAAAAUGCCCUUUUUUGUUACAAAUGUAACUAGAACCAUGAAUAAACACAUUCACUAAUGACUAACUUCUUAUAGCAGGCUAUAGAAAAUUAACAUGGGUCUCAUCAACAAUCUCUCAAGCCCACGUGCUAGUGACUAGCCAGCUAAUCUUUAUAUUUCAAGUUUAGCCAACUUGGAUCUACAGUAUUUGCUAGCUAACAAGGCAGAACAGUUGAAUUGUUAUGAACACAUCCUUCUGUGUCCAACUGUUUGAAAAGUAUUUUAGCCUGUCCACUUUGUUCAGAUGUUGAAAUCAAGUGGCCUACCUUAUUUCUCAGAAUGAGAACAAGUUGCCAGUUCCUUAUAUAAUAGUUUUUUUAAUGCAUAUUGCACAUUUAUAAAACAGACUAGACAGCUAGUAUAACAGUCUUUGGCUAAAAUGCUUCUAGCGGUAGGUGGUACCCAAAUGCCACACGUGACAAACUGAGCAUUCAUUUUCCAGAAUCAAUGUUAAUUGAUACUCUCGUUUUAGUAGUGUCUACUCUGCGCGCAAUGUGAAUAUUUGAGACAUAAAAAGGGUAUCAUUCGAAAAGUUAUCUUCUCCUCUAUUACAGUAAAAUAUCUCAAUGUGUUUUGGUGUUCAUAUGACCGAUUUCUGUUGGACCAAACCUCAAAUGCAAAUAGCGAGUUGAAACCACUUGUCAGAGAGGAAGAUGUCAUCUGUCAACUUUGUUGGCGGUAGGGGGAGGGGCUUGGUGUGUGUGUGUGUUUGUGUGUGUGUAAACCAUAAAGGAAGAGGUGAAAAAACCUCUCGCCGAAAUCUGUCCAAAAUAAGGCCAAUGCGUUUCUAUGGGCUUAUUUUGGCGCUUGUCGCCUGCCUUCCCGCCUUUGGGACAAUGAUUCCCAUUGUUAGGGCGGAGACAUGAGCAUCUCGUCAUUCUAUACUGAUCUCUGUUGUAAAUGGGAAGGUGCACACAGCACAGAGGAGCGAAAGACACGAAACCAAAUACAGCAUGAGAACAAGCGGACAUAAACGCUCAUAAAAACGAAAAAGAACAAAACCUUGAUUCUUGCGAUACAGGCAUUUGGAAUAUCGCGCAAAAACAGACAUUCAAAUUAACCGAAUUCGAUAGAUCGCCAAGCCCUAACCACAACACUAAACUGUCCCUUAGCCAUUCUUAGAGACCGCCUACACUGGUCCAUAUUGGAAUCCGUUAUCCCCUGAAACUUACACAGCAACCAUCCCAGUUGCCCCUACCUCCCAUCCCAGUUGCCCCUACCUCCCAUCCCAGUUGCCCCUACCUCCCAUCCCAGUUGCCCCUACCUCCCAUCCCAACUACCUCAACCCGUACAUACUGUGUUGCUGUCCUGUGUUCUAUCUGUGUGUGACAGUCUCUUUGCCUUGCUGCACGUAGGGCUCGGGACACUGAAGGGCCAAAGUGUCCGGAAGGUUACCUUUACCAGUAAACAGACAGCCACAGGUAAACUGAGCCCGGCCAUAAACCUAGACAGAAGCUGCUGGCCUAGAACACAUAUUGGGGCUCCCCCAAUGAUGCCCCCCUAUACAUGCAGGGUAUUUGUUGUUCACUUCCAACCAAGUCUUAAAUGAUGAUGACUAAUAUUACAACAUUAUUGAUUAAGUAACAAAUCAGGGUCGUGUUCAUUAGGCACCAAAUGGAAGAAUCGAGAUUGAAACAGGGAGGGACUACCUAAACAUGUCCAAUAAGAAACACUAAUUUCUGUUUUCCGUUGCAAAACGUAAAAAAAAAAAAAACGUUGCGUGCCCUAAUGAACACGACCCAGUUGAUCUUACAAAGAGGAACUGGUUGGACCCUGUGUAUAUAUAGGGGGUCCAGAGGGCUUGUCGCCCCGCUUGUCUUAGUAGCUGAGUUGCUGCUGUGAUGUGUGGUAGUAUUACACGUAGUACGGCAGUUGCUUCAGAAGAUGGAAAAGCUCAGUUGCUGCUUCUUCACCGACAUCCACUACUCCGCCUGAUUCAUGUCAGUGUGCUUAGAAGCCCUUCGGUCCACUGGGUAAAAUCUAAUUCACUCAUUAUUGGAUGGGUUUCAGAGACUGCCUUGACUCUAGUCCACCGGACUUGGAAUAGCACUCCAUUUUUUGAAUGGUAGCUGGAGGUUGGUUUGCCCAAUGAUUUAAUGUCACAGAAGACUCCAUUUUUGAUGACUGGCUGCGCAGAGUGGGAGAAGAAUUUGAUAGGAUGACUCUGAGAUGGGGUUCUUGAUGUGUGUGAAUGGGAUUGCUUUGUAAUGUCAGUCAUUGUGACUCCAGGCUAAAGGUGUGAGGAUCUUUGUUUUUUGGAUUGGAUCGCUGCCCUGAAGCACGUUCUGAGGUUUGUUAUAGAGUUAGGGCUUGCUGUGUAUUUCCCCUAUCCUUUUCUUAGGCUUGUGAUUCUAGGUGUGUAGUGGGUUCUUUGAAUAUUUUUGUCAUGACUUAGUACUUAGGUCACAGAGGAUGAUGAUGUUAAAGUUGUACGUUCUCUGGUGUGCUGAGUGAAGGUGGUGCAGUUAGAGGUGCAGUUUUGUUUUCGAGGUGCAGUUAGAACAUCUCACUACAAGAAAAGUAUCUCUGUCUUCUCUUAUUUUGCCUGCUGUUAAUCAAUGCUAGGAGGUUCUGAACGUUUCAACCCUCUGAACACAACCCCAUGGAUUAGUAGAUUGGAAUCAGUCAGUUAAUUGUGACCACCCCCUCCUCUCUCCAGGGUACCCCAGAAUGGGAGACACCUACUCGGACUCGGGUCACAGCGAGAUCUCGUCACGCUCCAGCCUGGUCAGCAACUCCUCCUUCGACAUGGCCCAGGAGGAGAGGAGGGGGCUCAGGCACUCCGGAGGGGUGGGAGACCCCCACGCUGGAGGGGUGCGUCUGGAGAGGAGGGCUACGACCGACCCUGACCAGUACAGCCUCGGGUAUGAAUCAACGCUGCCAAUUUCUAAUGAUUAUCAUCCCAAAAACGUUGUUUAAAGGGAUAGUGUACCCAAGUUAUACAAUUGUUAAGGGGUGGUUAACUUGAAAAUAUAGUGUUUGGUACACAUCCUAUUUUAAAAGCUAGUUGAAGUGUUGAGUUUAAUUUCAAAAGUUGAGAACGGAAGAUUUCUCAUCCCAGCCCUUUAUUUCUCUACCUGUCCACUGUGUUGUUGAUGAAUGGAGAACCCAUUGUAAAGGUAUAGCUUAUCUCUUAUCCCCCUCCCACACAGUUCCUACUCGUCCAUGCAGGACUGCCGGGGCCUGUACGCCUGCGCCAUGGUGCUCUCCUCCCCCAGCUCGGAGGAGCUGACCCAGGACCAAGGGGACCGCGUCUCCCUGGACGCCGCCGAUAGCGGCCGCGGCUCCUGGACCUCAUGUUCCUCGGGCUCCCACGACAACAUCCAGACCAUGCAGCAGGGACGCAGCUGGGAGACCCUGGCCUUCGGACCGGGGGGUGUUGGUGUCCACCCUCCCGGGGGGCCUGAAGCGUUACUAGGGGGCCCCGCUGGACUGUGGGCGUCUCAGGCUAGAGGGAGCUGGGCAUCGGCCUCUUCUUCAUCUUCCUCUGCGGCGUACUGGGGCGAGGACUCCGAGGGCGACACAGGAACGAUUAAACGGCGAGGCGGGAAGGACGUGAACACCGACCCAGAGACGAGUAGUAUCACAUCGAUGGGGUCUGACGAGGCCAAGCAGCACGGAAGGCCUUCGCCAUCACCCAUCACCGCCGGCAACAAGGGCCUUAUCAGUGAGUUGACCUCUGAACUUUGUUUGUCUGUUCUGUUGAUGGAAGGGUUUAGUAGCCCUCAUAGGCAAAUGUUCCUGUUCCUCAACAAAUAAACGGUGUCCUGGUGAAAGGGCUGAUUUAGAAUGUUCUGAAAAUACCAAACCUUGUGUAUGCAUUCAUGCUUUUUACGAUUUGCGUACAUCCUUGGAGCGAAGUGCAUGUCAGCUGAAUUAUGUCCACGUGAAUAUCUCCACACCAACACUUUUUCUAGGUGUGUGUGGCGCAGAUGGGUAAAGUAUUAAUUCCGUUUAACCCCACCAUCUUUCAACCCCCCCCCCCUUCAGCGCGAAAGGAGAGCCGGUACCGCGAGCCCCCUCCAACCCCGCCGGGCUACACCGCCCUGACAAUCUCUGACUUCAGCGAAGGCCAGACGCAGUCGCCACCCCCACCCACGGCCCCGGCCCACUCCAGCCGCCGCCCGCCCGAUUACACCACGGCCCUGCAGCGCUCGCGCAUGGUCAACCAGUCGCCUGACUCCCAUCACCACCACCAGGCCCAACAACAUGCCAAGCGCCAAGGGCUCCACCGCACCCGCUCGCCAGGCGAGGAGGAAGAGCCGGAGGAGGAAGAGGAGGGUGAGUCCUUGUCUCCCAAACUAGUCGCUCUGAGGAAGACAGUGGCACACACAACACCAGAGACAACCAGGCCAUGA